AUGCCCGCGUCCUCCUCCUCCUCAGUCCCCCCUUGCAAGCUCGCUCGCUGCCAAACUGCCACGGGCUGCCAUCCGCCACACUCCCUUCGCCUCCCACGCUCCUCUCAACCCCUCCCAUGCCGUUCUGCUUUUGGCUCGUUUGCUUCCAUGCUCUCCUGCACCUUCCCAUGCGUCUUGCUUGCUCCAGAUCUUGUUGCAUGCCUCCGUUUCCCCCUGUUCCUCCAACCUCACCCCUCUGUGGCUGCAGAGGCAGCAGCAGCAGCAACCAGGAGCCUCGCUGCUAUGGUGCCCUUGGCCCACCAACUCCAUGCGCCUUCCCCCUCCCCCCACUCCCAACCACUCACUUGUCGUUCCACUCAGCUCACCGUUCACUGCAUGCUUGCUUGCCGUUUUUCCCUUCUGCCACUUGCGUACUUCCUGCUAGUCACUGGUCUUCUCUCCUCUUUUCCUGCCUGCAUCCCUCUACCAGCGCAUCUACUGGGCGGCAGCGGCAGGGAGCAGGGAGGAGCAGUGGGAGCAGCGUGGGCUGUGGCAGCGUGGUGCGGGGAGGGAGGGCGGUGGGAUGACGCACGGCAGGCAGUCACAGCGGCGUGCGUGCCUCCUGCUUGCCCUGCUGACCACGCCACUCCCUCACGCACCCAGCGACCUUGA